AUGAGUUCUGUGUGUGUUUGCUCCUCAGACACGGGUGUUGAUUUCGCCUCCACGAUCGUCCCAUGCAGUCACCUCCUCAGCGCCCCCUUCAGUACGGAGGUGCAGAAGCAGUUCUCGCGCUACUACAACGAGUUCUCAGAGCUGCAGCUGCUGGGGAAGGGAGCGUUCGGGGCUGUUAUAAAGGUUCAGAAUAAGCUGGAUGGCUGUUAUUACGCGGUCAAGCGGAUCCAGGUGAACCCGGCUAGCAAACAGUUCCGGCGGAUCAAAGGCGAGGUGACGCUGCUGUCACGACUCAACCACGAGAACAUCGUGCGUUAUUAUAACGCCUGGAUCGAGCGGCAUGAGACGCCGGCGACCGGAGCCGUAUCCAGCGACAGCUCCGAGACCGUCAGCAGCCCCGAGCGACCGCAGCGACCCACGGCUCCGGAGCGAAACGAGCUGGGACUGAUGGACAACAUCGAGGACGACGCUCCUCCGCCGGCCCUCGCCAGCUCAGUGGAGUGGAGCACGUCUCUGGAGAGAUCGUCCAGCGCUAAAUGCAGCGCUGCAGACUCCACCGACGACGAGGAGGAUGAUGAUGAAGAGGAGGAUGUCUUCUGUCCCUCCUUCCUCCCUCCUGACAGCGACUCGGAGAGCGACAUCAUCUUCGACAACGGAGACGCCAGUGUGCUGCAGGAGAAAGCAGCAGAUCCGCUGGAGAGCUCCGACUCGGAGAAGCCGCUGCUGAUCGCGCAUUACCUGUACAUACAGAUGGAAUACUGUGAAAAAAGCACUUUGAGAGACACGAUCGAUCAGGGCUUGUAUCAAGACGUCAGUCGCCUCUGGAGGCUCUUCAGGGAGAUUCUGGACGGUCUGUCCUACAUCCACGAGCAGGGAAUGAUCCACAGAGACCUGAAGCCUGUCAAUAUCUUCCUGGAUUCUCAGGAUCACGUGAAGAUCGGAGACUUCGGCCUGGCGACGGAUCAUCCUGCUAAUGUGGCUGCAGGUAAACUAGAGGUGGAGGAAAGCAACUCAGGGUUUGACCCAAAACCAGAUCCAACAGAUAACAUUACUGGUAUGGUUGGUACGGCUCUUUAUGUCGGUCCAGAGGUUCAAGGAAACACUAAAGCCACUUAUAACCAGAAGGUGGAUCUGUUCAGUCUGGGCAUCAUCUUGUUCGAGAUGUCUUACAGACCCAUGAGCACAGCAUCUGAACGCAUCUUUGUGCUCAGUCAACUCAGGAAAGAGUCGAUUAAUUUCCCUGAAGACUUUAACGAGAACGAGAGUGAAAUGCAGAGGAAGGUAAUCAGCUGGCUGUUGACUCACGAUCCGGCGCUGCGACCGACGGCGGUGGAGCUUCUGAAGAGCGAUCUGCUUCCUCCGCCGCAGAUGGAGGAGUCCGAGCUGCACGAGGUGCUGCAGCACACCAUGGCUAAUGUCAGCGGCAAAGCCUACCGCACCAUGGUCAACCAGCUCUUCUCCCAGAACAUCUCGCCCGUCAUGGACUUCACUUACGACAUCGACAUUCACAAGGGCAGUUUUCAUUUCAACACUGCUAAAGUCCAGCAGUACGUGUACGAGACGGUCACCAGGAUCUUCAGACGACACGGUGAGACGCACAGCAUUCUGGGUCGUGUUUCCGCUCUCAUACUUCCUGUUCCUCUGCUUCGCCAGCCGAUGCUGGAGCAGGAGUUACGAUUUGCAUUAAAAAUGGGAUGUUGGAAGACAUAA